AUGACAUAUCUCUUAAGAAGCGUUGUCACCAUCAUUGAUGUAUUCUACAAAUACACCAAGCAAGAUGAAGAAUGCGGCACACUGAGCAAGGAUGAGCUAAAGGAACUGCUGGAAAAGGAGUUCCGGCCAAUUCUGAAGAAUCCAGAUGAUCCAGACACAGUAGAUGUCAUCAUGCAUAUGCUGGAUCGAGAUCAUGACCGAAGACUAGACUUUAAUGAGUUUAUUCUGAUGAUAUUCAAACUGGCUCUGGCCUGCAACAAGGUUCUUGGGAAAGAAUACUGUAAAGCUUCAGGGUCAAAGAAGCAUAGGCGUGGCCAUCAACACCAAAAGGAAGAAAGUGAAACAGAAGAGGAAGAGGAGACACCAAGGCGGAAAUCAGGUUUCAGAUAUUCAAGUUGGAGUGAGGGAGAGGAGCAUGGACAUAGUUCUGGGGGCUCACGGGGACCUGCAAAACAUAGACGUGGGUCCAACUCUAGGAGGUUGGAAAGGCAAGAUGAAUUAUCCAGCUCAGAGGAAUCAAGUAAAAAACACCAUGGGUCUAUCUUUGGUUACUGUUUGAGUAGUAACAAAGAGAAACAUGGUUCCAGAUCUGAAGAACUAGAAGAAAAAAGAGACGAAUCAUAUGGUAGCCCCUCUAGAGAAUCUGGGGAAGAGUAUGAGUCUGGAUAUAGGUUAAACCACCAGGGAAGGAAAGGCCAUAGUGGAUUGUCACGAGGAUUGGAGAACAAACAUGAGUUAAAUUACAUUCAGUCAAGUAAGGGUGGAGAACAAAAGUUUGGGUAUAGUACUUCAAGUUCAGGAAACAGUAAGAAACAAAGUUAUGUAUAUGGUUUUAGCAAUUCUAGUGGAUGUUGCAGACCACAAAAUGCUUCAUGUUCUUGUCAGGCAAGUAGAUCACAGGGGCAAGGAAAUCAGUCUUGCUAUACCCAGUCAAACUGUCAAUCAGGAACUAGUGGAGGACAAGGAUAUGGAUGUGCCUCAGAAGGUCAGUCCUCUAGAUGUUGUCAACCUAAACCUAGAUCCUGUAGCCAGUCUUCUAGUCAGAGAGGGUAUGGAUCUAAACAAUGUGGUCAACCACAGAACUGUGGAAGACAACAAAGAAUGGGUUCAAGUCACUCUUCUUGCUGUGGACAAUAUGGGUCUGGAGAAACUCAAUCUUCUGGUUGUGGUCAACAGGGAACGAGUUCCUGUGGACAUUCUUCAAGCUCUCAUCAACAGGGGUGUAGUUCAAAUGAAUUUUCCAAAGGUGAUCAGCGUGGGUCUGGUUCGGGGCACUCAUCCUGCUGUGAACAACAUGGAACAAACUCAAGUCAUUCCUCUGGCUUUAAACAACAUGGACAUGAAUCAGGUCAGUCUUGCUGUGGCCAACAUGGUACUGCAUCAGGUCAAUCCUCAGGUUACAGUCAACAUGGGGUUGGCUCAGGUCAGUCAUGUCGCUUUGGGCAGCAUGGGUCCGGUUCGGGUCAGUCAUCUAGCUCUAGGCAUAACAGGUCAGGCUCAGGUCAGUCUUCUGGCCUUGGGGAGCAUGGGUCCAGUUCUCAUCAGUCGCCUAGUUCUGGGCAUCAUGGUUCUGGCUCACGUCAGUCAUCUAGGUCUGAGCAGCAUGGGGGUGGCUCAGGUCACUCAUCUGGCUUUGGGGAGCAUGGGUCCAGUUCUCAUCAGUCGCCUAGUUCUGGGCGUCAUGGUUCUGGCUCUCAGCAGCAUGGGGGUAGCUCAGGUCACUCAUCUGGCUUUGGGGAGCAUGGGUCCAGUUCUGGGCACUCAUCUAGCUCUGGCCAACACAGGUCAGGCUUAGGUCAGCCAUCCGGCUCUGGGAAGCAUGAGUCUGGACCCGGUCAGUCAUCUAGUUCUGGGCAUCAUGGUUCUGGCUCUCAGCAGCAUGGGACUGGCUCAGGUCAGUCAACUGGCUUGGAGGAGCAUGGGUCCAGUUCUCAUCCAUUGCCUAGUUCUGGUCAACGUGAAUCUAGCUCAGGUCAGUCUUCCAGGUCUGAGCGGCAUGGGACUGGCUCAGGUCAGUCAUCUGGCUUUGGGCAGCAUGGGUCAGGUUCUCAUCAGUCAUCUAGUUCUGGGCAUCAUGAAUCUGGCUCAGGUCCAUCAUCUAGCUCUUGGCAGCAUGGGAUUGGCUCAGGUCAGUCAUCUGGAAAUGGAGAGCAGGAAUCUGGACCUGGUCAGUCUUCUAGCUCUUGGCAGCAUGGGACUGGAUCAGGUCAGUCAUCGGGCUAUGGAGAACAGGAAACUGGACGUGGUCAGUCUUCUAGCUCAUGGCAGCAUGGGACUGGCUUGGGUCAGUCAUCUGGCUAUGGAGAGCAGGAAUCUGGACCUGGUCAGUCUUCUACCUCAUGGCAGCAUGGGACUGGCUCGGGUCAGUCAUCUGGAUUUGGGGAGCACAAGUCUGGACCUAGUCAUUCUUCUAGAUCUAGGCACAAUGGGACUGGCUCAGGAGAGUCAUCAAGCUUUGGGCAGAAUGGGUCAGGUUCUCAUCAGUCAUCUAGUUCUGGGCAUUAUGAAUAUGGCUCAGGUCCAUCAUCUAGCUCUUGGCAGCAUGGGAUAGGCUCAGGUCAGUCAUCGGGCUAUGGAGACCAGGAAUCUGGACAUGGUCAGUCUUCUAGCUCUUGGCAGCAUGGGACUGGAUCAGGUCAGUCAUCGGGCUAUGGAGAGCAGGAAACUGGACCUGGUCAGUCUUCUAGCUCAUGGCAGCAUGGGACUGGCUCUGGUCAGUCAUCUGGCUUUGGAGAGCACAAGUCUGGACCUAGUCAUUCUUCUAGAUCUUGGCACAAUGGGACUGGCGCAGGAGAGUCAUCGAGCUUUGGGCAGAAUGGGUCAGGUUCUCAUCAGUCAGGAAGUUCUGGGCAUUACGAAUAUGGCUCAGGUCCAUCAUCUAGCACUUGGCAGCAUGGAAUAGGCUCAGGUCAGUCAUCAGGCUAUGGAGAACAGGAAUAUGGAUAUGGUCAGACUUCAAAUUCGGGGGAGCAUGGGAUUGGAUCAAGAGAGUCAUCUGGCUUUGAGGACCAGGGAUUUGGAAAAAGACUGGAUCAGGUCAGUCAUAUGGCAUUGGGGAAGAUGAAUCUGCACCAAGUCAGGAAGAAUAUCAACAGAGAGAGUCUGUUCAAAGCCAACGUAGACAGCCGAUAUCCUGCCAGGAAGAGCCCCCACAGUCUGGACCUGUCUGGCCCUGGUAGAUCUCCAAGGAGAUCACCAGUCCACCCUGAGUCCAGUGAGGGUGAGGAACACUCAGUAGUCUCACAGAGACAUUCUGGAUCUGGUCCCAGUCAGGGAAGACAUCAACAGCGAGAGUCUGUUCAUGGAAACAGAGGCGUACCUCAACGUCACAAUCAUUUUCAAUCACCUAUUAGUGCAAACCUGUAUGAUUCCCCUCAAGCCUGGAGACAUGGCAGCUAUGGCCGUCAAGAUUAUGACUAUGGGCAUUCUGGGUAUGGACCUUCUUCAGAGAGGAGACCUAGUAGCUAGAAUUCUAUUCCUUCGAGGUCAGCACAUGGAGACACAAAUAUGGCAGUCUUACCUCAUGUACAGCCUUUCUCUGUUUCUGAUCAUAUAGGAUCCAAAGCAAAUGAACAAUUCUUAGGUCUAGUUUUUAACUCCAGGGUGUUAGAAUCAGGUCCUGAACACUCAGUUGAUUAUUACCAUCUAUCUCAGUCCAGCAGUACAACUGGAGGGCAUGAGUGUAUUUAUGGCCAUUCUGUGGUGGUAUCUGAAGAUCCAGAUGACAGCCAUUUUAAUUAUGGCUACAGUCAUAAAGGUAAACAACAAUUCACUCAAAGCCAGCCACUUGUCCAGUCUGGUUUUGCCGAUAGCCAAUACAUAUUAUUUCAGAAACAUUCAGAAUCCCCUUCAUUUGGAAAUCUAUCUGGAUUUAGCCCUAAUGAAAGGCAAUUAUAUACCCACAACGAAUCAAUUGAUAGCUAUCAUCUGUCAAGUGAUAGCAACAAUAGAAAUCAAAUAUCUUCUUCCACUCACUCUUUUCCCAGCCUAUACUCUAUUGGAACUGAAGAGUGUAUAUAUUUACCAAGUGCAACCAUAUUGGGUGAGGGAAGACAAGGACAAGAGCCAGUAUCUGCCCAAUCAGGGACCAUCAGAAAAUAUAAUCAAUUUUUAGAUGACAAGAAGAGAGGUAACCAUGAAACGGGGAAAAUGAAGUCAGGUUCUGCCUACUUAGAUAGCAAUACUCCACUCUAUACAUAUGUUCAAGAACAGAGAUCUUAUUACUUUGAAUGA